AUGCAAGCCCGGAACCAGCUGAUGCGGUGGCCCGCAGAGCCCUCGGGGGGCCCCCCUGCAGCCGGCGCGAGGGGUCGGCCCCCGGUUCUCUGGAAGCGCGGGCGGAGUCUCAGCCCCGGGAGGCCCGCUGGGCCGGGGCCGCUGCCCUCGGCUCCUGUGACCGGCCUGCCCGCUGAGUCCCGCCGCAGCCGGUCGAGAGUGGGGCCUGCGGGCUGGUCCCUCCCUGGGGCUGUUCCAGGAGGCGGCUCGCGUCUCUGCAGACAAGGAUGCUCGGGCUCCCCUUUCCCUCCCGCUCGGCGCCCGGCCUCCUCGUCUCAUUACAAGGGCCGGCCGCGCGCAGGACAGCCUCGGCUGCCGGCGGGGACCGCAGCGCCGCCGCCGCCGCCGCCGCCGCCGCCGCCGGAGGGGGUCGUCUUCGUCUGGGUCCAUCUGAACACUUUCUCCCGGGUUGGAGCCUUCCCGGCUCACCUGGACAACCAGCUCCAGCUUCCAGGAGGCCCGCGGAGCUCCAUCCGCAGCCCCAACCCCCUCUGCCGGGGGCCAAAGCCCCCAGGUCUCAGGGUCACCCCCGCCUCAGGAGAUACGCGCCGCGGCGCCAAGGACGCGCAGCCCACCCCGAGCGGGCGCUGCCCCCGUUGUGCUCUUCUCCCGGCCUGGCCCGACGGCCCCGAGGCCCGACGGGCGCCCGCGCUGCAGGUGGCGGUCAGCCCGAGCCCCCAGGUCACCCCCAAGGCCCCGCGCACGCACCGCGCCACGUGCGCCACGUGCGCGGCUGGCGAGCGAGCACGUUCGUCGCGGGGAGGCCCCGGCAGCCACGGAGCUCGCCGCCGCCGCCGCCGCCGCCGCCGCCAACACGCGGGCGCCCGGGAGCGGCGCGGUCCAGGCCCUGCAGGGCUCCGCGGGCCGACCGGCCGUCUCGAGAAGGAGGGUGCGCUCCCCUUUUCACCUAAACCACCGACAGUCUUCCGGUCUGACUUCUCCUAUUGA